AUGUCGCUCGGUCACCACAACGCCUGGUUCCCUCCGGGCCAUCUUCGACCUCCCGAUGAUCUCCUCGAUGCGCGGACCACCAAUGGGUAUUCAAAAACCUUUUCCGGCCCAAGGACGCCGCAAAUGCGCGGCUCGGUCGACGCCGACGGCCUUCACGCGGGUAAUUUGAUAUCGGAGGCCGAUACCACGGCGGAAGAGGAUCCGCGCAUCGCUAUAUUCCGCGAUUUAUAUAAUCGCACUGAGGCGAAAAUAAACAGUCUUUUUUCAGGUGAAAAGCGGUCGGCAGGCACGCCCGGUGAUCCUGACGAUGUCACCGAUCCUGAUGAGGCUGAAACCAAGGACCAACGCGCCGACGAGUCGGCACCUACCCCGGCGCCUGUCAAGAAACCCGCGAGAAAACUCGAUGACGAUGACUAUGACGAUUACGAUGAAGACGACGAUGCGGAUGCUGCGUCUCCACCGCCUUCAAAGAGCUCCGCCCCUGUUCAACCGCCGACUGCCAUCCCGUCGCCGAGCCGUCCAUCGAGCGCCACCAUAUCUGCUGCCGCAGACGCCGCAAAAGAAACGAAGAAAGAGAGCUUGGAAGACAUUCGCAAAAAGCUAGAAGAAGACAAAAAAGCCACAGAGGAGGCAGCCAAACGAAGCUUCCACACCCUGUUUUACACGUUGGAGAAUGAUAGAGAUGCGAUGCUCGACCAGCAAAGGCUGGAAGAGUCUGAAAGACAAGUAGAAGCGGAGAUGUCUGGCCAGGGAAGCACUGGCAAUGCGCCAACUUCAGGCUCCAGCGGUUACGGUUCGCUGAGCAAUGCUAAUCUCGGCGCGUCAAGCUUAACCUUGAAGAAUCUGAUUGCACGAAUUGAUCUGAAGCGCACAAUGGUCCAAGCCUCCGAUGCCGAACUCCGCAGCUUGAUGAGCGAGGUUCGCAAAAAUCGCAGCAAGUGGGCAAGUGAGGAUAAGAUCGGUCAGGAGGAGCUCUACGAGUCUGCGGAGAAGGUGCUGAACGAAUUGAAAGCGAUGACUGAGCACUCAUCUGCUUUCUUGACCCGUGUCAACAAACGAGAUGCACCUGAUUACUAUACUGUGAUCAAACACCCAAUGGACCUCGGGACGAUGACGAAGAAACUAAAGGCUCUCCAAUACAAGUCGAAGCAGGAGUUUGUGGAUGAUCUCAACCUUAUAUGGUCCAAUUGCUUCAAGUACAACACAAACACCGAACACUUUUUACGGAAGCACGCGAUGUACAUGAAGAAGGAAACCGAGAAACUUGUGCCCCUAAUUCCCGAGAUUGUUAUCCGAGACCGUGCCGAAGUCGAGGCUGAAGAGCGGAGGCUUCAGCUUGCCGAACUUGACGGCGGGGAUGAAAGUGAUGACGAGCCUAUCAUGUCGUCGAGAGGUCGGAAAGCUCCAGGAAAGUCAUCCAAGAAGGGCACCGCACCGUCUAGGAAUACUCCAAGCGGCUCAGAACCUCCGGGUGGGUCGGUAUCGCAGCCGUCGGCACCUGUACGUUCGGACUCUGAUGCUCCUAUGGAAGGAAUUCAAAACGGAUUUGCAACGCCUCCUCCCGGGACACAGACGCCGUCCGAUCCCGCUGGAGCUGGGUCUGUAGCACCAGUAGGACAGGAUGAGGGUAUGGACAUUGAUGGUCUAGGAACGUCAACCGCUGCACUUAGCGCCUUGGCUACGCCUGGGAUUGAACUUGCGGACCCAGAAUACAAGGUUUGGAAACAGGUCACGAAGAAGGAUCGAGCUCUCAUCGCUGCAGAGCGGCACCGGCUGUUCAAGGGUGACAAGAUUAACUCCGACGAGCCAGCCCUCCUUCGCACCAAAGCUGGGAUGAGACGGUGGCUUCAGAGCCAGAAACAGGUUUCUGCAGAGGGAGACAGUGCCAAUGAAUCGGGCUCGCGAGCUAUGGAGCCCAACGCUGCUGGCGAAACACUGGCAGAAGGAAUUGAAGUAGAGGAGGAUAGAGUGAUACCUGACUAUUACGACGUGAUGUCCGGUGUUCCUGACCUACCGGCACAUUUGAUCUGGAGGGAAGAUACGGAGGGAAACCUUGUUGAUGCGUCAGAGGAGUUUCUAAGGAUCUUACCCAAGGGGUCGUUCAUACAACCAGACAGUAAACUUUCCAGGAAAAUGGACGCAAACAUGAGGCAAAUGCAGGAAACCAGAAAGAUCUGCUCGAAAAUUGGUAUUGUGAAGCAGAUGCAAUUGCAGUCUCAGAUGUACCAAAACCAGUUUCAAAAAUAUCAGCCCGAACCGUUUGCCGAGCAAGAUACCCUUCCUCAUGUCAUGAACGACAACGGGCCUAUCAUCUCACCGUGGGUUUGCAAGGCCGCCCUGCAGCGUUCCGUGGCCAAGGUCUUUUACCAUACUGGUUUUGAGGAGUACCAGCCGUCAGCUCUCGAUGCCGCGACAGACAUGGCUUCGGACUUCUUCCAGAAGAUUGGGGAAACCUUGAAAUCCUACAUGGAGGCUCCCAAAGUCCCCGUCACCGAUACAGUGGAGUCUACAGCCUUGUCUCAGUGGAAGCGCGCUUACACCGAGCCGGAGAUGGUUCUCCAUACAUUAUCCUCUGUUGGUAUUGAUAUUGAGGGUCUGGAGUCUUAUAUCAAAGACGAUAUUGAACGACUUGGCACAAAACUAACAACUACGCACGAUCGUUUGCGCUCGUUGCUCUCUGAACUUCUCCGUCCCGCUCUUCAAGACGGCGGCGAAGAUGGCUCCAUGGCAUUCGCGGAUGGUAGUGAGCAGUUCGUUGGUGGUGAUUUCGCAGAAGAUAUUGACGAAGAUUUCUUCGGGUUUAAGGAACUAGGGCUCGACCGGGAAUUCGGCUUGGCUAACCUUAGCGUUCCAUUGCAUCUUCUCCAAAACAGGAUGUACAAUGCCGCCCAGUCUCAAAACACAAGCACUUCGCAAUCAAUCACGCUUUUCCCACCGCCUCCCCCAUAUCCACGCAUCUCGUCUGAGACUGUGGCAUCGCAGAUUGGACUGGUGCAAUCCUUCUUCAACGCCAAACUGCAAAUGAACAAUAACGAACCCCUGACCGAAGACCUUGAAUUACCGCCCAAGCAACGGCCAAUGGCGGCUCGACCGCGUCUACCUGCAUCUGGCAAGAUUCCUCCGCCUUCUAGCCUCCCAGGGCCGACAUCUAGCCCUCAAAAGCGACCGUUGCCAGCCUCGGCUCAUGGGUCGAAUGCCAACAAGUCCGGUAACAUGGAGCCCAGUAAGAAGAAGGUUAAGAAGAACAGCGGCGUUGCAAUGGGAAUUGCCGAUACUCUCGGCGAAGACGAACAUGCACCAGGUCCGGAUGGUGCAAAGACUUCAAACCCAGCGUCGAACAACGUGAAAUCCGAGGAGACUGCGGCUACAGCCGAGCUCAGCAACAGCAAAGGCAGAGUCAAUUCAGUGAUUUCAGAUGCUCCAACUUCUGAUGCCGUACAGAACGGCAACAACGACACUGCGGUUCCCCUGACGAACGGAACUUCCAUUGAUGCGUCAUGA